CUAGUCGAAGCAAUUGUUACAGCAAGAGAAGGAACUUGAAGCUCAUACCAGUCAUCAGACACGGAACUGAAAUGACAACGUAGAAGAAAACCUUCUGACUGCUCGGAACCAUGAUUCUCGUCACAAUAUUCUGACCUGUACUCUUACGACACGUCCGUAUGUGGUCGAAGUCAUGCAGCUCUCACUUGUUUUCAAUACACUCCUUUCCUUUAUCGUUAUUGCGGCAGCAUAUCCCACACCAUCGGGGAUGAAACUUUCUUCUUUGGCUAAGCGCGAGGGGCUUGGAUCUAACCUUGUUGGUUCUUUGGACACUAGGUUCCCCAACGAUGUUAGUCAACCUAGCAUGCCCAGCGGCCCUCUAAAUAGCGACGUUGACCACAUGAACACUCGGGCUCCUAACGACGUUAGUCAACCUAGCGUGCCCAGCGGCCCUCUUAAUAGCGACAUUAGCUACUUGAACACUCGGGCCCCAGACAAUAGUCACUCUAGCAAUCCUUCCAACGUUCCCACCACCCCUUCCACCACCCCUUCCACCACUUCUGGUAGCUCUAACGACACCAGUCACACGAGUCACUCCAGCAACACUGCUAAUAGUGAUGCUGAAUACUUGAACACUCGGGCUCCCGGCGAUGAUGAUAGUCACUCGAGCAACUCUGCCAAUGACGACGCUAAGUACUUGAGCGUUCGGGCCCCCGACGACAACACUAGUCACUCUAGCAACUCUGCCAAUGACGACGCUAAGUACUUGAGCGUUCGGGCCCCCGACGAUAACACUAGUCACUCUAGCAAUACUGCCAGUAGCGACGCUAGGUACUUGAGCGUUCGGGCCCCCGACGACACCACUAGUCACUCCAGCAAUACUGCCAAUAGCGACGCUGACUAUUUGAGCGUCCGGGCCCCCGACGUUAGUAAUACCAGCAACACUUCUAACACUUCCAACGGCAAUGGCGAUCAGAGCGAUGGCGACGAGGAUUAAAUCGUGAAUCGCGAGGAGUAACCAUGUAUCCAGGAGAGGACAAAAGAGGGUUCGUGACUCCCGAGGGAUGAUAUAACGUGGUCGGCAUCACGAUCCAUCCAUCCUGUAUAUCUAUUGUAUAUCCACGAUACCCGUUUCUGUCCACGUCGUCAUAUCUCUCUGUUCUGAUAAACCUCCAGUACGAUAUUAUUUCCGCUCAGUCUUGCAAACUAAGUCUGAGAUGAGCAUACUUACUACCACAUCUGCAUAUACCUACGGGGUUCCCUUUUUCUGCUUAUGCGGUUGUAGUAGUUAGCCUUUCCAAACUAGAACUGAGUUCUUCUGCCGGGUAUUAGAGACGGUUUACAUUGCUCUAUGCAUUGCAUGUCUCUUUUUCAUGAAGCUGAUGUCAUAUGAUGAGCGUGGUUGACGUU